UAGUCGGUUGCGGCCACAGCUGAUUUCACAUGUGCCUCCGAUCGCGUCGUACGCUCGCUCCGCGCGCCAUGCCGGCAAAACAUUGAAACUUGUAAUAAAAAUAUACGGGAAAACGUUGGACUUUGGAAAAUUGUGAUUUUGUGAAAAUUGGACGUUUGGUUCUGUUUGGGUAUUGAUUUGGGAGAAGUGGGUUCCGGAUUUUUUGCAUUGGCGGAAAUGCCUAGGUGAGCCGCGAUGCGCAGCGACAUGGCGUACCGCGGGCUCUCGCAGCACGUGGAGCUGGACCGCGCGGCCGACCCGCGCGACCGGUUCACGCUGCAGGAGCUCAUAGGCGAGGGCACGUAUGGCGAGGUCUACUGCGCGAGGGACAAGAAGAGCGGCAGGCGAGUCGCCGUCAAGAUCUUGGAGAACAUCACUGAAAACAUCGAAGAAAUCGAGGAGGAAUUCCUAGUGUUCCGAGACUUGUCCAGCCAUCCGAACAUUCCUGAAUUCUUCGGGCUAUUCUUGAAGCGCGGAGCCUGUUCUGAUGAUGACCAGAUAUGGUUCGUCAUGGAGCUCUGUACUGGAGGUUCAGUGACAGAUCUAUGCGCUGGUAUCCGCGAGCACGGAAACAACCUCACAGAACCCCAACUGGCCUACGUCCUGCGAGGCACAGUCCGGGCUCUUACCCACCUCCAUGCCCACCGCUGCAUGCACCGGGACGUCAAGGGCCAUAACAUCCUACUCACUGAGAACGGCGAAGUGAAACUCGUCGAUUUCGGAGUUUCCUCACAUUUAGCUGCGACUGCUGCGCGGAGAAACACUUCAGUGGGCACGCCUUACUGGAUGGCGCCAGAGGUCAUAGCGUGUGAACAGCAGUUGGACCAGUCCUACGAUUGCCGAUGCGACGUUUGGUCAGUCGGCAUCACCGCUAUCGAACUUGCAGAAGGCGAACCUCCCUUAUCAGGACUUCAUCCAAUGAGGGCAUUGUUCCAAAUACCACGAAAUCCACCACCUACUUUAGCACACCCUGAGCUGUUCUCAUCACAGUUAGCAGAUUUCAUCGCUGAAUGUCUGGUCAAAGAUAUGAACCAAAGACCAUUCGCGAGGGAACUUCUAGAACAUCCUUUGUUAUUAGCUGUCAGUAGUUUUGAAGAAAAGAUACGCAAGGAGCUUCAAACAGAAAUAAAACGCCAACGAGCAGAAGGCCGAAGCUGCCGCGCCCCCGACGUAACAACAAAAAGAGGAAAACUAAAAUCACAUAGAAAAGCAAAACCAGAAAAAAUGUAUACUGAUGAUCUAGCAACAUUAGAAGUACUGACAGAAGAUGCCAUCGUAGAGCAACUGCAGAAGAGAUAUAACCAAAAUCAAAUAUACACUUACAUAGGAGAUAUACUUGUGGCGGUCAAUCCUUUCACUGACAUAGGUAUUUACACUACCAAGAGUCAGCAAAUAUACCAAGGCCGUUGCCGCUCGGACAACCCUCCACACAUUUACGCUGUAGCAGAUGCAGCUCACCAAGCUCUGAUGCAUCAGAAACAGCACCAAGCCAUAGUUAUCUCAGGGGAAAGUGGGGCGGGUAAGACGGAGUCGGCUAACCUCUUGUUGAAGCAGCUGGUCUUUCUGUCAAAGACACAAACGGGUAACGUAGAAGAUAAAAUCCUGCAAGUAAACCCUAUCAUGGAGGCAUUCGGAAACGCUCGAACAGGCAUUAACGCCAACAGCUCCCGCUUCGGCAAAUAUUUGGAUUUGUCUCUCAUGAGAGUCGGCAGGAUAUCGGGGGCGCGGAUUUCUGUUUACCUUUUGGAACAAUCGAGGGUUGUACACCAGGCGUUAGGCGAAAGCAAUUUCCACGUAUUCUACUAUCUGUAUGAUGGCUUGGAGAGUGAAGGGCGAUGGAGGAAGUUUUACCUUGAUGAACAACUUAAAUCUAGACAUCGAUACUUACAACCACUUUCUGUUGCUCAUCGGGAACAUAAUGUUCAUCGCUGGCGGCAGUUAAAUCAAGCGUUUAAGGUGGUCGGAUUUCAAGAGGAGGAGGUACAAAUAAUUUACAAAAUGCUGUCGGCAAUAUUGCACCUCGGUGAUAUAGAAUUUGGGGAGACCGCGGGUGAAGAUAACACUGAUAACAGAGCUACCAUUAUAGACACAGCACCUUUGCAUAGAGCAUCGUGUCUGCUAGGCGUAGAAACAUCAGACCUUCGCGAAUGCCUGACUAGCAGCAGUGUGGUGGCCCGAGGGGAGACCAUAGCCCGACACUGCUCGCCCACUGAAGCGGCUGUGGCAAGGGACGCAACCGCCCGCGGCCUGUACGCGCGAGCCUUCGACAGAAUUGUAGAGAGGAUCAACGCUCUGCUGUGUCAGAAUAGACCGUAUGGCACUGAACAACUAUCCAUCGGAAUAUUAGAUAUCUUCGGAUUUGAAAACUUUAAUAGAAACUCCUUUGAACAACUCUGUAUCAACAUUGCCAAUGAACAAAUACAGUACUAUUUCAAUCAGCAUAUAUUUACCUGGGAGCAGCAAGAGUAUAUGGCAGAAGGAGUGCCCGUUGAUCUUGUCGAGUUCUCCGACAACAGGCCUGUCUUGGACAUGUUAUUGUCAAGACCUAUGGGUCUAUUAGCUCUGCUUGAUGAAGAGAGCCGAUUCCCAAGAUCUACUGAUAGAAGUCUUAUUGAAAAAUUCCACAAUAAUCUAAAAAGCAAAUACUACGUCCGACCGAAAUCCGAUGCUAUAUGCUUUGCCAUUCACCACUUCGCCGGCCGCGUAGUCUACCAAGCCGACGGUUUUCUAGAGAAAAACCGAAAUUUCUUGCCUCCAGAAGUGGUUCAAUUGAUGCGACAGAGCCAAUACGAUAUCAUUAGGUUCCUUUUCCAGUGUCCGAUUACAAAGACUGGCAAUUUAUAUUCACCUCUCCAAGGAGAUAUGGACACAAAUAGAAGUUUAGACAGUUCAUGUGAUACUCGGCAGGACCGCUACAACAGUCGUGGGCUCGCCUCACAAUCUCGCGCUCAGCAAACAGUGUCCACUUAUUUCCGAUAUUCUUUAAUGGAACUGCUCCAGAAAAUGGUCAGUGGCUCACCACAGUUCGUGAGAUGUCUGAAACCAAACGAUUCGCGAUCACCAAAACAUUUUGAUUCUGCGAAAAUAUUGAAGCAGCUUAGAUACACGGGUGUUCUAGAAACUAUUAGGAUAAGACAAAAUGGAUUUUCCCAUCGAUUAACAUUUGAAGAAUUUUUGAAGAGGUACAGUUUCUUAGCAUUCAACUAUAACGAAGAAGUAAAACCGAACCGAGACACGUGCCGUCUUUUGCUUUUGCGGCUAAAGAUGGACGGCUGGGCGCUAGGGAAAUCUAAAGUCUUCUUGAAGUAUUAUCACGUUGAAGUACUCGCCCGAAUCUACGAAGAACAGAUUCGGAAAGUAGUAUUAGUACAAGCAUGUGGUCGAGGAUGGCUCGCCCGAAGGUACUUCCUGCGGCUGAAGGCCCAGAUGGCGAUAUCUGUUCUCACGCUGCAGAAACACGUGAGGGGCUGGCUCACCAGGAAACGACUCCAGGAGCGACAGAGACAGCUCGCCAGGGAGUUCCAGAGGCAACAGAUGGAACAGGACAGUCGGAAACAUAAACCUGGUGCUGCAUUAAUUAAAAACAAGGCCAUGAUGAAAGCGAAGAUAUUAAGGAAGAUGACGUCAAACGAUAGUGACAGCAACGACACCAAUUCGGGCAGCAAUAAAGAGAACAUCGAUUCGAAUAAGGCUGCCGUUGUUAUCCAGAGUCAUUUCCGAGGCUACACGGCACGACGCAAAUGGGCGAAGGGGCGAGCGCCGCCGCCGCCGUCACAUCCAGCCCCCACGCCCCAGCAGCUCAUGCAGCAGUACUCCGUGCAAGAGCGAGCCAGCCAGCUACAGUCCUUCGCGGACCAGGUGCACGACAAAAACCAAGAGGUCCACAAGAACCUGCGCCGAAACAAGCCUGGCGUCCGGUUGCAGCAGGUGUCAAGACCCCCCGCUGAGUACCGGCCUCCACCUGGCUUCACGCUCGUGCCUGCCAUCGUGCGCGGCCAGGUGACGCAGCUUGAACAGGACGCCAGUCGCCUUUCCAGUCCCUCGCCAGAAUUCCUAGAGAACCCUGCGAGGCCCUGGGAUGAACCCUUGAUUAGUAAAGAAUAUGAGUUCAGUCCAUUCAGAUCCAACCGAAGCAACCAGCAGCCGGAGCAGUGCGGCGAGCACCGGCACCACCUGGCCAGCCAGAACUGGCAGAACCUGCCCUGCAGCCGCCAGUGCGGCGGCCUCGUCAGUAAUAAGAUAAUCGAGCUGGUAAAGCAGUCUCACAAGGCAGACCCUCCACCACGACCAGUCUACAAACUAACACCACACGACCCCGAGUCAGACUUCCGAAAGAUUCUCCGCAACUCACCAGAAAUCCUCGCCACGCCUAUCUUCAGCUCAGACGAUGACUACACAGAAGGUCCGUUCAGGUUUAAACAACUACUUAGGCCAACGUUAGGCCCUACGGAAAGUCUAAGGAAACGAAAGGUUAGAAAUUCGCCCGGACAAAGUCCGUGGAUGUCAGACAGUUCUCAAGAUAGUACUGGAUCUAAGCAGGCGCUGUACAAUAAACGCAGGCCGCAUAUUAGCAUGGGCGUUUAUUAUAACUAGUUGAACCUGCACAUCUCGUAGCGAUUCACAAUUUAAUGUUUUCACAAAGAUUCCAAGAGCGAGGAUGUUGGACAGUCACAGGAUACCCCGAACUAUAAGAGGCUACCUAGUUUAAAUAUUCUCGUACCAGAAUGAUAUCUCUCCUAGCUUUCCACAUCAAAUUUUGGUCCAGUUCACUACCAAUUCUUUAUGUGCUACAACUAAGCGCCACAAAAUAUGGCAAUGAUACAUACAAUACAUAUCGGACCGAUUAGACUUAAUGUCGCAGUGAACGUACUAAAAGUAGAAAUCAUUUCAUACAGGAGUAUUUAGACUAUCCUUUUCGAAUCAAUAAUUAUUUGAUAUACUCGUAUUUAAUAUUUAUAUCGCCAUGCGUAGUUAUAUUUAUGCUUGUGUUCCAACAGUUAUGAAUAUCUUCCCGUAUUUUACUAGAAUGCGCAUACCGCAUUCAGAUACAUCUAAAAAUAGUGCAGUAUAUCGUAUGCUUUACCUGUAUGUUAUAUUUAUUCGUAUUCGAUAUACUGUAUCUUAUGUUUGUUUGUUGUUAUAGAUUCCGUCCUAAUCGACUUAUUUUAUAAGUAAAUACAUAGGUUAAGUAGUUAAGUAUACCAUUAAUUGAGAAUUAUAAUGUAAUAUGUUCUCGUACCACCAAUAAAAUUAUUCAAUUAAAUUUAAUAUAUCUAUAUCUAGUAAUAAUAUUGAAACCUAUUUUAUAACUCAAUUUACCAAAGUUUAACUUCUAAUUAUGUAGCUUUCCUAAUGCAUAACUUUAAAUCUAAGAAUUCAGAUAGGUACUUUUUAUUCCCUAUCAGAGAGUGUUGCAUGUGUGUUAUAAUUGUUGUUAUUUUAUUUGUUUUCUGUAUGCUGUAGUUAUAAUAUGUAAUAUUAUAUCAAUUUCACGGUUUUCAUCAGUAUUAUUAUAUUUUAUAUAUGAUAGUAUAUUAAAGAGAACUGAACUAAGAAUGGUGCAAAAUAUGGCUAAAAAGGUGAAUAAUAAGUAACACAUAAUUCUAAUAGGCACAUGUCUAUACUUUUGGAAGUAGGUACUCGAUAUUGUGAUUUUAUUGUAAUUACCCGAGGACACUUUAUUAUUGUGGUCAACACGAAUGUAACUGUUUUAAGUAUCUCUCUUAGUUCAUUUGUUUAUGAUAGUAUUUACAAAAAAAAUAUAGGUUAUUGUAAUUAGAUCUCACAGGAGGUUAUGAUUGCAUAGAUUAUUUUUAUUUACUUUAUAUUGCCAUUUCAUACAUGUAGAACAAGAAAGGGAUAAACAUCAUUGACAACCUUUGUGAUAAUGUGCCAAUGAUUACUCGUAAGUUUUAGUUGUUUGAAUGGAAUGAAUUGAAAAUAAAAUAUGUUGUUGA